AAAAAGGGGGAGCGGCGGUCGCUUGCUCAGAGGGAAACCUCCAUAUUCUAGGACGGCCAGAGAUGUACAGGCGUCUUAUUUAUGUCUUUGCUGCUAACUCGGGAUAGAUUGGUGCCAUUGUUCGUCUCCUUUUCACCUCAGACCUGAGCCCAUUCAUUCGGAUUUUUUUAAAAAAUACAAAACAAAAAAUAAAAAGACUCCAUGAUUAAAGUUGCCACUAUGGCGACUUUAUGUCACCGAAAUAUUACAGUACAGAUUAGGAAAAGCGUGUUUCCUUGUACAUAUGAUUGAAAUAUAUAGUUAGGAUCCCACCCCACAAAAAAAAAAAUAGGGAAAGGGGAAAUUUCAAUAAUGAGAUUAAACGUUUUUCUGUUGUUGUUUUUUUAAAUACAGCCUUGAAGUGUUGAUGAACCGCUAUGGAUGUUUCAAAAUGGCCACAUAUUUGCGUACUGUUUUGUUUUAAUUAGCAAAAGCCUGCAUUAAAAAAAAAAACCACAAAGCUCAAAAUACUGUAAUUAAAAGCACAACAAGUGAAGGGAGAAAUAUCUCCAGGCAGGCAGAGAUGGGUAGAGUUCGAAUUAGAGGAAUGUGUGUGUGUGUGUGUGUGUGUGUGUACACACACGUAUAUGCACGCUCAUAAACACAACUUGACUAUCGAGGGUAACUUUGAUUUCUGAGUACUGUUGAAGGAGCAGGCAGAAUACUGAAUCGUGGCUGUUUCCCCAACCCCCCCAUCACAUUUGGUUAAAUUUCUAAACAACGACAGUAAAUUAUGAUGGUGAUGGAAGCAAAGUCGAAAUGUAGCUACUAUUCUAUGCUUUCAUUGAGAAUGUGUGGAAGAAGGAUCCGGCGCAAGCACGGUUUGCUUUAAAUAACAGUGACAGUGAAAAUGUGUUUUUAUAUAUGCGAUUAAGUGUGUUUGGCGUCCUCUGUGUAUAUGUGGAAAUGCAAAGGUCUUUUUCGAUACUAUGAAAAGUGUACUUUUUGGGAAAUGACUCUGAAUACGAAUAAAAGUGAAAUAGUGAAAACCUACCCCUCAAAAGAUCAUCGCCAUUAUAUAUAUAAUAUGUUGUUGUGAAAUUGGGUGGGGGAGGGAGAGAAUAUGCCAUGGUGUCAUAAAAUGAUACUGGGGUUUGCUUGCUUUUAGUUCCAGGCUGUUUAAAAGAGGCUUAGAGAACAGCUCAGCUGAAGGAAAUUUUGAAAUCGGCACUGAUCUUUAAAAAUACACAGCGAUCGAUCCCCAGCAACCCCUUUUAUCCUGGUUUUUCAAGCGCCUGAGAAAAAAGGACACCAUAGUAAUUGUUGCUAGAAUGUUGGGGUUUAUUGCUUUCCUCUAAUUGGCUUCAAUAAUAAUUAGUCUUUUCCCUUCCUCCCGCAAAAGAAAUCCCUAUAUAUAUGUGUGUGUGGCUCUCUCUAUUUAUAUAGCUAUUCUUUGUAAAGAAUCUCUAGCAGAAUGGGGGAUGUUAGAAAAUAAUAAAGGAAUGUGCAAGAUUAAAAGGAAUCUUAUUGAAAAGGAAAGGUUGAAUAUAUUAUUUCUCCCCUAUGCUUCUGAAUUCUUGCUGGUUUUCUGAUCUGGAGCCGAUAGCCCUUAAAAAUUGGUCCAUACUAAUGGAACUGUGUGAAAGAUGCCAUAAUUUUGCUAUAAUGGGCUGUAACCUCGAUUCGACCCCAGACUUGCGAGUAAGCCCCUGGCUGGGCCGGAGGGGGGGGUUGUUGCGGAGGUGAAGAUCCCGCUUUCCUCCAGAGGGUGGCGCACGAGGCCGACUGACAGUCGCGAGCUGGCGGCCGGGUGCGCGCGCCGGCGCGCGCGCCCCAGCCCUUCCAGCAUCCACCCAAACUCCCCCAUUUAGUGCACGAGUUUACCUCUAGAGGUCAUCAGGCAGGAUUUACGACUGGACAACAAAAGCACGUGAUAUGAAGCCGUACCCCAUAUUUGGGUGCCUACGUAGGAGGGAACCAAGUACAUGUCCCAGUCAUUUCCAUAAUUCAUCAUAAAUUGUGCUAGGGUGCUAUAGACGCACCAAAAAACGAAGCAAAGAGCCACAAAUCAAGCCCCCCGAUCAAAAAAAAAAGCAACAAAAAAAUCCCAACCAACAACAACAACAAAAAAAUCAUCAUCAACAAAAAAAACAAAUGAGCUCUUAUUUUGUAAACUCAUUUUGCGGUCGCUAUCCAAAUGGCCCGGACUACCCGUUACAUAAUUAUGGAGAUCCCAGUGCCGUGAGCGAGCAAUUCAGGGACUCCGCCAGCAUGCAUUCCGGCAGGUACGGCGGCGGCGGCGGCGGCGGCGGAGGCUACGGCUACAAUGGCAUGGACCUCAGCGUCGGCCGCUCGGCUUCCAGCCACUUUGGGGCAGGGGGCCCCUCGGAGAGGGCUCGCAGCAGCUACCCCGCCAGCGCUGCCCCCGAGGCCAGGUACGCCAGCCGGGCGGCGGCGGGGGCCACGGGGGCCACUCACUCGCCUCCGCCUGACCCUCUGCCCUGCGCCGCCGCCGCUGCCGUUGCGGCCACCUCGCCUGUCAGCGGCGACGCUCAUCACGGCGGCAGCGUGAAAAACUCCACGGCCAACUCGAGCAGCACUUCGUCCACUUCCAGCAGCGGCGCCAGCAGCAGCAGCACCAGCGCCAGCAGCAGCGCCAGCAGCACGGGCAACAACCCCCACCACCUAGGCAGAGAAGGGCUCAGCACGUCGCCAGGCACCGAGGAGGACGCCCCGGCCAGCAGCGAGCAGGCGAAUCCCCAGCAGAACGACCAAAGCACAGCUCCACAGCCGCCCCAGCCCCAGAUCUACCCCUGGAUGAGAAAACUGCACAUAAGCCAUGACAACAUAGGGGGUCCCGAAGGGAAAAGGGCUCGGACUGCUUACACCCGCUACCAGACCCUGGAGCUGGAGAAAGAGUUUCACUUCAAUAGAUACCUGACCCGCAGGCGGAGGAUUGAAAUAGCGCACGCUCUUUGCCUCUCAGAGAGACAGAUCAAGAUCUGGUUCCAAAACAGGCGCAUGAAAUGGAAAAAGGAUAACAAGCUGAAGAGUAUGAGCAUGGCAGCGGCGGGAGGAGCCUUCCGCCCUUAAGAGGAAAACCCCCCGGCCCUGAAGCUGCUGCUGCUGCUGCUCCGUCUCCUUCUUCCUUCCCCGGAAGAAAACAAAACAAAAAAACCCGAGUAACUGAGCAGUAUUAUAAUUGAGCUGACCCUGCGUGGAAUGUCAGUAGCCUCUUCCCGCUCCUGCUCUCCUUCUGCCCCUCGUUCUGUAGACCACAUUGACUUGCUCCAACUUCUCUGGGAGGCUGAAGAUUCCCUCGCCCAUCGUUUCAUCCUGAGCCUGUUUUAAUUGAGCCCCCCACCCCGCCCCCGCCCGCGUCUCUCUCUUCCUCUCUCUCUCUCUAGCGCGUGUUACGAGUAGAUCUGCUUCCCGUGCAUUUUAUGUCUUGAAUGGCUUUUGUCUUGAAGGGGUGGGGGGGACAAUGUAGAUGUUUUAACUUAUUUAUAUGAAGCGAGUGGUGUUACUUGAAGUAACUGUAAAGUGGGAGGGGGGAACCGAGGGGGGGGGGAAAGACACCCUAGACAAACACAAAAGUAAAGGAGGACGAUCUGUUCCCUCGUUCGCUUCCCCCUCAACUCCGUCCCUUCUGGCUCCCCUACAAGUCCUGUUUGACUCCCAAUGUUCUCUCUCUGUGUGUGUUGCACUCGCUGUGCUUUGCUGUGCAUGUGUGUUCAAAACGUGUCAGUGUCUGUAUAGCUCCAAGCUGUGGCCGAGAUUUCCGAUCAGAAACGACCUAUCUUAUUUCCCUGUGUCCAUUAAUGGCUGUUGUAGAGGUGAAUAUGACGAAAUACAAAAACGGAACGUGUCCUAACGUGUAGUGAAUAGUGAAUCUGUGACGAAAACUGUGAUUCCAGACAGUAUGUCCUUUGCUUGUGCCUUUGUAUAUGACUCUCUUUGCACGAAGUCUUAGAAGUGGCUUUUUUAUUAAGCGCAGCUUCAGUAACGUAUUUCCCACCCCCUCUUCUCUCUUAUAGCUUCCUUCCUUUCUUUUGGUGGACAAAGUUACACAUAGAGUCAAAGUAUGGCUGUUUGAGCAAACAAUAAUAAUAAUAAUAAUAAUAAUAGCAGCAACAACAACAAUAAUGUGAUCGGCUUUUGAAAAGAAACUGUUUUUUUUUAAUAACUGACUGGAAAAAAAAUAAACUUUCUAUUGUAA